UUCUAUUUAAAAAGUCCUACGGGCUAGCGAAAGUCAGAUUGGAAAGGGACAUUCAGCCAUGUUCUUCCUCGCAGCUUCUUUUCUUGUACUCGGGAUCUCUGCAUCCUCAGGAUCUCCUUGCAUCUACCCCGGCUCUGACUGCUGUUGGCAGCCAUCUUGCGGGCCAAUCUGUCAACCACUCUGUCAGCCAGCUUGCGGGCCAAUCUGUCAGCCCUCUUGUCAGGUAGAAACCUGCGUCAGGCCCAUCGUCUCUGAGUCCGUCAGCUGCCAGCCUGUCGUCAACAAGAGGGUCAGCUGCAGGGAGGAGUGCCACGUUCGCCACGUUCCUGUCGUCCAGAACCACGUUUCUUGCCAGGAAGAAUGCUGCACCCGCCACGUUCCCGUUGUACAGAAAUACUGCAGGCCCGUCGUCGAAUGCAGGACCCGCCAUAUCCCCAUCUGCAAGCAGCGUUGCCGCACUGUAGUCGAACCCUACACUGAACACGUCCCAAUCACCGAAAAAUGCAUCCGUUGUGUCGAAGAAACUUGCACCAAGCAUGUCCCAAUCACUGAACGUCGCUGCCGCCCAGUCUGCCACCAAUCUGUCCAUCAUGUCCCAGUCACCGAGCGCAGGUGCAGGCCCGUCGUAGAAACUCAAGUUUCCUGCGUCCCAGUCAGGCACCAGCAAGUACACAACGUUGUUGAGCAGAGGCUUGUCCCAGGCUGCUCCUGCGGUUGCUCUUCCCCACUUCCAUGCUCCUGCGGUUGCUCUGCCCCACUCCCAUGCUCCUGCGGCUGCUCUGCCCCACUCCCAUGCUCCUGCGGAUGUUCUGCCCCAAUCUCAUGCUGUGACCCAUGCCCAUCCCCAUGCCUUCCAGCCUGCAACCCAUGCCCAUCCCCAUGCCUUCCAGUCUGUGACCCAUGCCCAUCUCCAUGCUCCAUCCCAUGCCAUGCUCCAUCAUGCGGUUGCUGGUGAAAACUUAACUUCUAGUCUGUAGACUUGUUAUUGUUGGAUUUUUUACUUAUAUAAUAUUUAAAUAAAAUCUGUUAACUCUUUAAAACAUGUCUUAUUAUUCAUAUCUAAUUCUUUAAUCGCAUUAUGUAAAUUAUUAAUGUUUCAACCAUUGUACCUUAUAGGUUCCUACGUAGUCACAAGUAAUCACUCAUGAAGGACCAGUUCAAAUGCAG